GCCCAAUCAAGCCAAGAUCCGAGAUCUUCUCAUUGUGAUCUUCAUCAUCGGCGAGGAGGAAGAUGUGCCCGUCGUCACUGCGAGGGCAAAUGAGUCACGACCAGACUUUACACUAUGUAGAGCAAGGAAACGCAGGAGGUGUGAAAGGAGCCGAGGCAGGUCACUGUUGCUUUGAAUAUCAUUUUACACCAAGCCUGAUUUAGUGUGAACGUCCGUCGGGAGCCUUUCAACAUGAGCAACCACCAGGCUCCUCCCCAAGCUGCAUCCUCCGAGCUGGAGGUGAUCUCCCAGCAAGUGGAGGAGGAAAACCAGUGCGUGGCCCCAGUUCAGCUGGUUAGCUUCACCUACAGAGACUUGCCUCUGGCCGCCCUGGAUGUAUCCCUCGCUGGAUCUCAGCUCAUCUCAAACCCGGAUGAAGAGGACAACAGGGAAGGGUCCAACUGGCUGAAGCCGUGCUGCGGGGGCCGGGCGGCAUUGUGGCAAGUGUGCCUCGCGUCAGCCGGCUUCAACUGUGUCCUGGUGGCCUGCGUGGUGCUGGUGGUUCUGCUGCUGACUCUGGAGCUGCUCGUCGACACCAAGCUGCUGCAGUUUAACAACGCAUCCCAGUUUGCCUGCGUCAUCCACUGGAUCAGCCUGGCUAUCCUGUCUGUGUUCUUCACCGAGACUGUUUUCAGGAUCGUGGUCCUGGGGAUAUGGGAUUACAUCGAGAAUAAAGUGGAGGUGUUCGAUGGAGCCGUCAUCGUCCUCUCACUGGCCCCCAUGGUGGCCUCCACGGUGGCCAACGGCCCCAGCAGCCCCUGGGACGCCAUUGGCCUCAUCAUCACGCUGCGCAUCUGGAGGGUCAAAAGGGUCAUUGACGCCUACGUGGUGCAAGUGAAGGUGGAGAUGGAGCUGGAUAUCCAGCAGUAUGAGAAGACCAAGGCGGUGAGAGAGGAACAGCUCGACCGCCUCACUCAGAUCUGCCAGGAGCAGGCGUUUGAGAUCCGGCAGCUGAGGGCCCACCUGGCCCAACAGGACCUGGAUCUGGUGGCGGAGCGGGAGGCAGCCAUGCAGAUCCACCAUUUGUGGGGUAAACCGGGCAGCAGUUUCCAUGAGGUGGACGGACUGGCCCCUGGGGUCUCCGAACAUCACAGGCCGGCCAAAGUUAGAGAGCCCGGCGGGCCCUCAGAUCACCACGGCCAGGACGACAUGAACAACUACAUCAGUCAGUACUACAGCGAGCCAAGCAGCGGUGAGCAUCAACGACAUCCCUUUCACUCCACCAUCCCGGUAUCUGUAUCAGUCCGUGUGCCGUCUCUUGUAGACAUGGGCAUCCCGGACCCCGCCGCGCGCGUCAUCACCACGGCGGCCAUCGACGUCCACCUGCCCGACAACCCCAGCCAGCUCCCCCCGUCUCUGGUGAGCGCGGACGGCGUGUCUGGCCUGCAGCGCGCCAACAGCUCGGCCAGCGAAGCCUCGGCCACGACGGCGUCACGCAUCAGCAGCCGCACGCUGGGGUCGGCCGCCGACUACAGCUCCACCGUGCGCGAGGCGUCUACGUCCACGGACUACAGCGACCAACACUGCUACCCGCCGCCCUACAGCAGCCCCCUGGCCCUGGGGACUCAGCCCAGGGGGAGUCCCAGCGCCGUGGUGCAGGAGCUGCUCUCCUCUUUGUCCGAGGACUCCUGUCUCACCCAGAAGGGCCUGGAUCCCGUCAACCUCAAACCGCCCAGCCCGACCGGUUCCACUAAAAACAGCUCCGAGCUGGAAAACAGGAUGAACAUCUACAACAAGAGGAACCAGGAGACCCGGCUCAGGUCGCACAGCAAACCCCUCAUCCAACUGCAGGGCACUGAAGCUUUCCUGGAGGAGAAGUACCGGAUGAUGGAGCCGGUCGACGCUCCGAUCCAUCAUCUGUCUGGGACAUAAGGCUGUGGCGGAGUGCAGGAACAGGAACCUCCCUUGAUGCGCCAAACCACCAUCUGUCAGAGACAUAAGAUAGUGGACAAAAAAAGGAACCUUGAUAGAUUCUCAAAUCCAUCAUCAGUCUGAGAUAAUAAGGUGAAAAAAUUUAGCAGGAACAGGAAUCUUCAUAGAUGCUCCAGCCAAUCACCCACCUGGGACAUAACAUGGUGGAACAGAGCCGGAACAGGAACCUCACUUGAUGCUCCAAACCACCCUCUGUCUGAGACAUAAAAUGGUGGACGAGAAUAGAAACAGGAACCUCAAAAGAUAUUUGAAUCAAUCAUCUGUAUGACACAUAAAGCAGUGAAAGAGACCAGGAACAGGAACCUCCAGAGAUGCUCUAGUUAAUUAUGUGUGUGGGAAUUAAAAUGGUGGAUGAAAGCAGGAAGAGGAACCUCAAUAGAUGCUUUCUCAGACAUAAGGUGGUGGUAGAGAGCAGAAAUAGGAACUUCAAUAGCUGCUCCAAUUCAGCGCCUGUCUUGGACAUUACAUGGUGGAGGGGAGCAGAAACAAACCUCCAUUGAUGCACCAGUUUAUCAUCUGUCUGGGACUCAACAUGGUGGAUGAGAGCAGGAACCUAAAUAGGUGCUCCUGUCCAUCAUGUGUCAUGGACACAACAUGGUGGAGAGGUGGCGGUGAAGAACAGGAGCAAGCACGUCAACGGGCUUCAUUUGUACACUUGUGUGCCCAUGGACCUGGAAGAGGACCACCUAUCAGGAAAUGACUCUCACUAAGACACUUUGAUAAUUUGACAAAACUUGACCAGCAACAGGAAGCAUUCCUAAUGCUGCAUGAACUUAGAACCUCUGCAAGCACAUCUGCCCUUUUAAUAAAACAUCGUAAAAGCAGUUUGAUGGAAUAACUGCAGGGUACAGCGGAAUCAGUGUUUGUCAUUUUUAAUCUUUGUCUUUCUAUUUUAGCUAUGUUUGUAAUCUAAAUUCUAUGAAUGGAGUUUUAAAAAAAAAAAAGACUUUUUCAAUCUAAUCAAGUUCAGCUUCGUCAGUACUGAAAUUUACAUCAAGGUGUACAUUAUUGUAUUAUUGACUUUUAAAGGUUGUUAAUCUGUGUAAAUAUUUGUAAACAAGAAUGUGCGUCUACUACCAAUUGAUUAUAGCAUGAAGCUUCUAAAAUAUUGCACACCAACUUUAUAGUACUGGCAACAGACGUUUUCUAUCUCGGUCAUUAUGGAGGGCUGACACUACAGAGAGCGACCAAUAAAGAGAAAAAGAAUACACAA